UGUUGGGAUGCAGACCCUUUAAACCGACCUAAUGCAGAAGAAUUACGAAAGUUAUUUGAUGAUUUAUGGAAAAAUUGCAAUAAAAAUAAUUGUAUUAUCAACAAACAAAUCAACGAAGCAGAUGAAGUUAAUAAAAAGUCAUCCUCAUCAUUUUCAACAGCUCAAUCACCAUUAUCUUCUACAAGUACACUCCCAUAUAUGACACAUCCUCAAGCAGUUUAUACAAGUA